CGUUCCCCAACAGUCAGCUCUCGAAUGAUGGGAUACUCGUCAAGGUGGGACCAAACUUUGAAACCACCUCCUCCCCACGUCGGUAAGGACGAUCUAAAACACAACGCAUGCAAGCAAAGCAAAGCUCAUCCUUGUCCGUUGAUUACUUUCUGCUUGCGCUUUCUCGACGUUACACCUGAAAAUCAUCACAAGAACGGAGAGAGGAUUCAGCAUUGUCGGAAUACCAUAAAUUGCACACCUCUUCCCGCUCAAAUGUCCUGCGCGACGAAGUGGAACCUGCCCAAGUAACGCAUCACCGUCGUUCUUUCGAGCAAACAACGGAUUUGGAACGAAGUCGCACCUAUGACAAUCACUCUGCGGGAACGGCAACGUUCGAGAGAGCAGAUGAUGGCAACUCUAGCGCGCGAUCCGUCCAUCGCUCUCGACAUAGAGAUGAUAGACAUUCACGUCAACGAAGUGCAAGCCCGCAGCGCUCUCGCCACUACGCUCGGUCUUCAGGCCACGGCAGAAGCAGGAGCCGAAGCUCAGAGAGCUAUCUCCCUCGGGACCACUCCAUUGUGCGACGCCAUCUUUCCCAGCCUAUCUCCUCUGACCUCGCAAGGUGCUGUCACGCAACCCAACAACCUAUCCGACUCAUCUAGGAUCGUGAAUCAUACCGGGAUAAACGCGACCACGACCGUUCUAAACGCAGAGACCACAAGCGCAGAGACAAGGAUGAAGAUGGUUCCGACGAGGAUCGCAAGCGUCGUAAACGGAGGAAGGAGCGGGAACGAGCUAAGGAUGGCGACAAAGAAGAGAGAAGGAGCGCUCUGACUGGCAAGAAGGUCGGUCAUUUCCGUUCCAUGCUGGUCGUCCUGCGAUUCUAUGCUGAUGCUUGAGGCUCUCACAGAUCAAGCUCAAAGUGAAGAAGGAAAAGGGAAGUGACCCAACAUCACCAAAGUGACCAAAGUUUGACCACUUGCCGUGACGACGCGCUUCAAGGCGGACGGUCGCUACUUUCACGCGUUUUCUGGGCCGUUGCCCAUCUUCUCUCUCCUCCAUCAUGGACUCCGAUCUCAUCAAGCUCGUGAACAAGCUCCAGGACACAUUCAGCAACCUGGGGGGUGAGCUGGACAUGCCCCAGCUCGUCGUUGUGGGCAGUCAAUCGGCGGGAAAGUCUAGCGUACUCGAGACUAUCGUCGGGCGAGAUUUCCUUCCUCGUGGUCAGGGCAUUGUUACACGGCGACCUCUCGUUCUUCAGUUGAUCCACCGACCCGAAUCCACCGACCCCUCCCCCAGCAGCCCGACAUUUCGCGAAUGGGGCCAGUUCCUUCACAUCGACAAGAAGUUCACCGACUUCAAUGAGAUUCGGAAAGAGAUUGAGCAGGAGACUUUGCGGGUGGCGGGCUUGAAUAAGGGGGUCAGCAAGUUGCCAAUAUCGCUCCGCAUUUACAGCCCGGACGUGCUGGACCUGACUCUGGUUGAUUUGCCCGGGCUGACGAAAAUUCCUGUCGGUGACCAGCCGAGCGACAUCGAGCGACAAAUUCGCAACCUGGUAUUAGAAUACAUUUCGAAGCCGAAUAGUGUCAUUCUGUCCGUCUCUCCUGCCAAUGUGGAUCUCGCCAACUCGGAGUCGCUCAAGCUCGCACGUCAAGUUGACCCCCAAGGAAGGAGGACGAUCGGAGUCCUGACGAAGCUCGACCUGAUGGACGCUGGGACAAAUGCGCUCGAUAUUCUGACGGGGCGUGUCUACCCUUUGAAGCUCGGGUUCAUCGGGAUCGUGAACAGGAGUCAGCAAGACAUCAACUCGGAGAAAAGUAUGGGUGACGCGCUAAACAGCGAGUCCGAGUUCUUCAAGAGCCACCCUGCAUACCGGAACGUGGCACACAAGAAUGGGACGAAGUAUCUGGCGAAGUCUCUCAACCAGGUCUUGAUGAAUCAUAUACGAGACAAGCUUCCGGAUAUGAAAGCGCGUCUCAACACGUUAAUGGGACAGGCACAACAAGAGCUUAAUUCGUUCGGGGACUCGGAGAGUUUCGGGGAUCAAAACCAACAAGGCGCUCUUAUUCUUCGUCUCAUGACCCAGUUUGCGCGAGACUUUGUCGCCUCAAUUGAGGGCACAAAAGUAGAUGUGUCGACGAAGGAGCUAUCAGGCGGCGCGAGGAUUUAUUACAUCUUCAAUGACGUCUUUGGCAGCGCCUUGGACUCGAUCGACGCCACUCAGAAUCUUGAGAAUCAGGACAUCCGAACGGCCAUCCGGAACUCAACUGGGCCUCGCCCUAGUCUCUUUGUGCCGGAGAUCGCGUUCGACCUGCUCGUCAAGCCUCAGAUCAAGCUCCUCGAGAUGCCCAGUUUGCGCUGCGUCGAGCUUGUUUAUGAAGAAUUGGUGAAGAUUUGUCAUAACUGCACCAACUCCGAACUGCAACGAUUCCCCGGUCUUCAUGCCAAAUUGAUUGAAGUAGUCUCUGAGCUCCUUCGAGAAAGACUUGGACCGACGUCAGAGUACACGGAGAGUCUCAUCGCGAUCCAGGCGGCAUACAUCAACACCAACCAUCCGGCGUUUAUCUCUGGAUCGGCCGCUGCUGCCCAACAAGCCAGUUCGCCACCUGCACCCCAGAUGCCAUUACGGCCGACUUCGACCGAACCCACGAAUGGGACAGGGACGGAGGAUGACGAUGUGGAUUCAUCGGACGAAAAUGGACUACCUAAUGGCAUGUUCCCUCCACGACAGACGGACCGGUCUGUGUCAGCGUCUCUGCCAGACCGCACUCGCGCGUCAACCGGGUCAGCGCCCGCGACUUUGACCUCGAGGAAAAUCGCACAGCCCCGGCCGCAGUCUGCCAUGAGCGCCAUGACGCAUCGGGGGUCGCCUCCUUCGGCUCGGGAGGCGUUUUUGAACUACUUCUUUGGGCAGAAUGGGCCGGGGCCGCUUUCUGGUUCGGCGGUUGGCAGCAAUCCGGCAAAACCUGUCGGCCGGGAUCUUUCCGGUGGGGAGGUGUCGACGAUGGCGAUGGCCUCUGGACUGAUGUCGGGCCAACGGGUGGACGGCCAGAAUGCUGCGUUUGACAUGAAGAGCUUGGGCAAGCACAUCGAGGCGGUGCCGUUUGAGAGCAACCAGCUGACGAUGCGAGAAGAGAUGGAGACCUCGCUGAUUCGUUCUCUGAUCACCUCCUACUUUGGCAUUGUCCGCCAGACGAUCCAGGAUCUAGUGCCGAAGGCGAUUAUGCACUUGCUGGUCAACCACACUUCGAACCACGUACAGAACCGAUUGGUGGCGUCGCUGUACAAGCCGGAGCUGUUCCAGGAGAUGCUGCAUGAGGAUGAGGGGCUGGUUGCGGAGAGGACUCGGGUCAAAGCGCUGCUGGACGCGUACAAGGAGGCUUUCAAGACUCUUUCGGAUGUGAAUGUAAAACCGACAUAG